AUGCUGCCCGGACACAUCGCCCACGCCCACGCCGCGCACGGCUUCCCUCCGCAGCGCCACUACUUCCCCUCCGAGAACUUCGCGGCGUACGGCGCGCCCGCCCACGGCCCCGCGUGCGCCCGCGCGCACCCGCACGCCCAUUACUGGCCCGGCACUGACGCCAACGCCCGCUUCGCCGCGGCGGGCGCGCCGGAGCGGCCGCGGAGCCGCAGCCCGCCCCGUGACAGACCAGGGCAGGCGUCCUGGACCGCUGACCUCGCGCACGGCCGCGGUUUCAGCCCUCUCAAGCCCAUCCAGCCUCAGGCACACACGGCGCCAUACCCGCCCGCGGCCCCCACGUUCCCGGGGUUCAACGCGGUGCCUGCGGCCCCCAGCGGCGCUGUCAGAAAGCCAGGUGCGGGCCGCGGAUCCGCGGCGACGCUGCGCGCGGCGGGCGUGCAGCGGGCGCCGCUGCCGGAGAGCGCGCUGGCCCCCGGGCCGCGGCCGCGGCCGAGCGCGCUGGUGGACAAGUCGCCUCAUGUGCUGACGAGCCGACUGCGGGAGGCGCGGACGGCGGCGCGCGUGUACGAGCUGGUCGCGGCGCACUGGGAGUUCCUCAACGGCAUUCACCUCGCGGCCGCGGCGUGCAAGCUCGCGCGGCUCGCGGGGCCCGCGCAGGCCGACCGGUCGAGGGACCACACGUCGGCGCUGUUCGCGGCCAUCGUCCGCGAGGCCUGCAGCGCGCAGCUGUCGUCGCGGGAGCUGAGCAACAUUGUGUGGAGCUGUGCCAAGGCCCGGGAGACCCUCGGCGCGACGCCCGUGGACGUGCUGGAGUCGCUGACGCGGCAGAUCGAGGAGCGGGCGCGGGACACGGACGCGCAGGCGGCCGCGAACGUGGUGUGGUCGCUGGGGCGGCUGAACCACGCGCCCCCCGCGGGGCGCUGGCGCACGUUCCAGGCCACGGUGGCGGCGAACGCGCGCGACAUGAACGAGCAGGAGCUGAGCAACGCGCUGCACGGCAUCGCGACGCUGAGCGCGCAGGCGGAAACCGACCGCGGCUGCGUCGCGACAAUCGUCGCCGAGGCGCUCCGCAAGCUGGACGAGUUCUCGCCGCAGGGCCUCGCGAAUACCAUCUGGGCGCUCGGGAAGCUGCAGAUGCACCCGGGCGACGCGUUCCUCGGCAGGGUGGCGCAGGCGCUGGGCGAGCAGGCAGCGGCGUUUACGACGCAGGCGCUAGCCAACAUGGCGCACGGAGUGGCGUGGCUGGGAGGGACCCCGCACGCCGGUCUGUGGGGCGUGCUGUCGCAGGAGCUCGUCGCGCAGGCGUCGCGGAUCGCCCCGGCGGGCGCGGCGACGCUGCUGCAGGCGCUGUGUCAGGGGGGGGUGUUGCGGCUCCCGGCGGACCAGGCGGUGCUUGACGCGCUCGCGGACCGCGCGCUCAGCGACGGUCCGUCGGCGGCGCAGCUCGCCGCGGUCGUCUGCAGCCUGCGUCGCGCCAAGCACGUUCCGGGGGGGGACUGGGCCACGAGGGCAGGGGGGGUGUUGCAGCGCAGCCUCCCGGGAGGGCUGUCCGCGACGGAGGCCAGUCUGACUCUCCAAGCACUUGUCGACUUCGGCGUCGUCGACGAGUCCAACACGUCGGUCGUGGACGCGCUCCUCGACGUGAUCGGGCGCGACGCGGCGGCGCUGGACGCGCAGGUCGCGGCAGGGGUGGUCCGCGCUCUCGCCGGGGCGCGCUUCGUGCCCGACGCGCGCUUCGUGGCCGCCGUCCUGCCCCGCGUGAUCGACAACGUCGCCUCCAUGCGCGCGGACGACGUCGUGCAGUUCGCCUUCGCCCUUGCCGCGACGAUCCUGGCCACCGACGACCCUGCGAGCCGCAGCCGGCUCCCCGCCCACAGCGCGGAGCGCCUCUCCGCGCGGAUCGUGUCCGCAGCCCCGGAGCUCUCCGGCGACGCCCUGGUCAGCGCGGUGUGGUCACUGUCCGCGCUGGACCUCCUCGCGCCGGCCCACUUUGUCGCGCUGGCCAGGGAGGUGCUCAAGCGCGAGGCGCGACCGGCCGGGACCGUGCCUGGGGCGUGCGUGCCGAGCACACACGCAUGUCUGCUCUUCCAGGGCUUCAUCGCGAAGGAGGUCGAGGUGCACGGCCUGCAGAAGCGCGGCGAGCUGCCAGAGGAUGUCCACGCGGCGCUGUGCGUGUGGCGCGAGAAGUGGGUCGCGUCGCUGGCGUCGCAGGCCUCGCCGCUGCGGGACGCGCAGUCCGCGGCGCUCACGUCGCUCGGUGUCGCGCACGCGACCAACUGCUGGACCCUGGACAUGCUGCUGCCUCUCGACUGCCUGCUGCUCCGCACCGGGGCGGCGACCGGGCCGCAGGUGGACGCCUUGCGCGCCACGUUCGGCCGCGGACCGUCGGGGGAGGCGCCCGUCGAGGUCGAGGUGCGGCGCGGGAUGCAGAUGCCGCACGAGUGCGUGGUCCUUCUGGCGACGUACCGAAGGAACACGGCCGUGAACGUGCCUGGCAAGGCGAUCGGGUGCACUGCGAUGCUUGCGCGCCAGCUGCGCCUGCGGGGCUGGACCGUCCUGACGGUCUCAGAGGUCGGGUGGGGCAGCCACGAGCACGACGCGUGGGGCCGCGUGGAGGCGCUGCGCGCGCAGUUGGCGCAGGUCGACCCCCAGCUCUGCGCACACGCCCCCGCGCUGUCCGGCGCGCUGCGUCCCGCGGCGCCGCCCGCGAUCACCACCCCCGCGCGCCCGCCGUCCGACAGGCGGCCGCGCAUCGAGGACCCUGCGGACCUGUUGACCGCAACGCUCUCCCUUACCAGCCCGGGGCCCGCCGUCGCGACGCCGGCGCCGCACGCGGGCCAGGGCUACACCCCGAAGCCUCCCCACGGCGACGCGGUGGCGCUGGUGUCGCCGUGCGCGAACCUCGCGUCGCCCGGGACAGCGCUGCCGCGGUACUCCUUGUUCCCCGACAACACGCCGCUGCUGAAGCGCGCCAAGGACGCGGUGGUCGCGUGA